CAUUAAUUCAAAUGUAAACAAUGAGUUUUUUAAAUUAAAUAGAGAGAUAAACUCUAUAUAGUAAAGUUCUAGAGAAGAUAGAUGAAAAAUGAUUGGUGUUUUAAAUUAUAGAACAUAUUCAAUGUUUCCACGACGUCGAAUAAUUCCAUUAGUGCAGCGAUUUUACAGCAAUGAGUUUGAAAAGAAGUUUACUGAUUCUCAGAAAGAGAAAAUAUUGCAGGUUAUAAAUGAGGAUAUUAUUUCCUUGUCCAGGUACGAAAUAAGUAAAGUAAGGUUAAAAAAACUUUCAGAUUGGCUUGGGAAGAAUGGUCAAAUACAAACAAUAUCAGAUAUAAAAAUGGUAGAUACCUUCACAGAGAAACUGGCUAUGAAGUUAUGUAAUAGUAUAUUAGAUGGACCAAAGAAAGAAAACAAUAACCUUAGUAAAAAGAUUAAAGGACAAAUACUUCAACCAUCUUUAAGUGAAAGUAUAAGACAGUCUUGCAAAUCUGUGUUAGCAGUGUACAUAGCUGUCAAUUCAGUUUGUUGGGUUCUGAUAGAUAGAGAAAAGUAUGAAGUAAAUGAAUGGCAUUAUUACAACAUUGAAUAUCCAAAUACUAAGAAGUUACAAAUUACAGACAUACUGGAUAUUGCCUGGGAUAUAACCAAGAAUCUUCCAGUUGCCGAUGUAUAUGUAAUGAAGGCAGAGGCAACAACUCUGCGAGCAUCUGGAAGUGAUCCAAAUAAUCCAAAAGUUCUGGGUGUAAAUUUACAGAAAGCACAACUUGUAGCAAUGAUUGUUGCACUCAUUAAUGCUAAGAGUAAUGAUGUUAAAUUAAGUAGUAAUAGUGAAGAAACAUCUCAAGAUUUUACACAGAAAGUCUAUUUCUUGAGACCGACUCUUCCAUAUAGGUUAUAUGGCACAUUAGUUGGUAAUGAACACGUUUCGACUGAGCAGACUGUUGAAAAUUUACUGCAAGAAGCGAAUCAAGACAAAACCACUGCUCACGUUAAUGUUCCGGAAAAUCUAGUUACGAUGUUUAGAAAUCAAAAAGAUUUAAGAAAAGAUAUGCUGGGCCACUGUUUGUUGUUGGCGCUUACUUUUAUGGAUAUUUGUGUUUAUUUGAAUAAAGAAAGUAUAACUAAACUGUUAAAACGUGGCGAAUAA